CCCAAAAGGCAAGCACGGCAGGCCUGUGUCGCUCUGCGCAUGUUCAGCGCUCCGAGCUGGACUGUGGCGCGCUAAUGCCAAAGUCUGCACGAAGCGGGAGGCUGAACAGACGGGAGGUGACAGCAGAAAGGAAGCGCCAUGGUCCGCCCCUUAAACUGCAUAGCCGCCGUGUGCCAGAACAUGGGCAUCGGGAAGAACGGAGACCUCCCUUGGCCCCCACUCAGGAAUGAGUUUAAGUAUUUUCAGAGAAUGACCACAACAACCACUGUAGAAGGUAAACAGAAUGUGUUGAUAAUGGGUAAGAGGACCUGGUUCUCAAUUCCUGAGAAGAAUCGCCCCUUAAAAGACAGAAUUAAUAUAGUGCUUAGCAGAGAGCUCAAGGAAACACCAAAAGGAGCACAUUAUCUCGCCAAAAGUCUGGAUGAUGCUUUAGUUCUUCUGGACUCACCAGAGUUAAAAAGUAAGAUAGACAUGGUUUGGAUAAUCGGAGGCAGUUCCAUUUAUAAGGCAGCAAUGGAGAAGCCAGUUCACCAGCGAUUGUUUGUGACAAGAAUUUUGCAUGAGUUUGAAAGUGACACAUUUUUUCCAGAAAUUGAUUUGGAGAAAUACAAACAUCUCCCAGAAUAUCCAGGAGUCCCUGCUGAUGUCCAAGAAGAGAAUGGCAUCCGGUACAAAUAUGAAGUGUAUGAAAAAACUGUUUAGACAUAGUGCAAUAAACCUCACAUUAACUAAUGCA